GGAUCUCUGCGAAGGUCACCGGCAAGAUGGCGUCAAGACUUUGCAGGUUAAUUCGGCCUGCAGUUACAGGACUGUCACGAUGCAGUCAAUUGCCAAGACAAGCACCUGCUGCUUUACAACAUGUGAGGUUUGACAGUACCACCACUCAAGAGUCACUGAAGCCCACAAUAAAGAAAGUUGCAAAUAAGGUGGAGACAAAUCAGCUGAAGGAAUUUGGACAAUAUGUGGCAGAAAAUAUUCCUAAAUAUGUACAGGAAGUCCGAAUUUCUGCUGGAGAUGAACUUGACAUUCUUGUCCACCCUGAAGGAAUCCUACCAGUGAUUUCCUUCCUUAAAAAUCAUCACACAGCCCAAUUCCUCAACAUCAUAGAUGUGACUGCCCUGGAUGUGCCGACACGCAAGUACAGGUUUGAGAUGGUAUACAUGCUUAUGUCUCUGCACUUCAACUCCCGAGUCAAAGUGAGAUCCUACACAGAUGAACUCUCACCUGUUAAUUCCAUUACCUCUGAGUUUCAUGGAGCCAACUGGAUGGAACGUGAAGUUUGGGAUAUGUAUGGUGUGUUCUUUGCCAACCAUCCUGAUUUGAGAAGGAUCCUUACAGAUUAUGGAUUUGAAGGUCACCCAUUCAGGAAAGACUUCCCACUGUCAGGUUAUGUUGAGGUUCGCUAUGAUGAGGAGGAACAACGUGUGGUGGUAGAGCCAUUGGAGUUAUCACAGGAGUUUAGGAAGUUUGAAUAUAGCAGUCCUUGGGAAACAUUCCCCAAGUUCCGACUAACAGAGGGAGAUCAAGCAUCAGAAACCCCAAAGGAACCAGAAGCCAAGUCAUGAGUUAUAGGACCUUUGUUUAUUAUAGGAAUACUGAAAUAUCAAUUUAAACUGUUGACAGUGACGUACUGAUAGUCAAUUAACUUUAUACAUGAGGUGUGUGUUUGUUACUUCACCAUGUAAAUAAAUUUGUGAUGACAACA